CUGCUACUCAGUGACUGCUGUCUCGGUUGCUACCUGCCAUCUGUCAAAUAAUUCUACAAGGUUUCCAACUCGCUCAUCUGAUUCCUGCAGUCGCUAGUCUUUUGUAAUAGUCGAUAUCUUUCUUUGCCUGUAAACACUUCCAGAAUGAGUCUCGACCUGGAUUGGUGCAUGAAUGGAUGUGGCAAAAGAUGCCAGCUAGGGUCAUUGUACUGCUCAUCUUACUGUCUACACUCGGCUCAUUCACAAUGCGACCACUCUACACAGGAUGUAUCGCAUGCAUUCGAAUCGCUUAGUCUCGGCCAUCAUACCAACUCUACUCACAGCCAUUGCAGUAGCACUCUUGGCGCAACCUCCAAUACACUACCAGUUUCACCAGCCCUCUCGGCCACAUCUUCAACUGGCACCUUGUCUCCUCCUUCACCCAUGUUACUUGCCGCCAACAUUACACAGAACUCUUCCUAUUCGCUUGAAUUCAGGAACCGCUCCUAUACCCAUGGCAAUAAGCGUCACCAUUUACAUUCGCAACAGCCUGUUCCUUAUUUUGUGCUGUGAGGAAAACUGCUAAAGCAUCCGUCUAGUCAUUGCGCAUUUUUGGAAUCUGACACCCAGAUAGAGCCUUUUGAUCCGUCUUAUGGAUGGUCUCUUUCGAGUCUUCAUCCCCUUGUAAAUGAAAUAAAUCUUCGGCACAUUGCUUUUGAUUGGUUUGGACU